AUUUUUUACAGCUACAAAAUUAUUCAAUUGAAUAAACAAAUAAAUUGAAUAAACAAAUAAAUUAAAAAAAAAAUGAAUGAAAAUCCAAUACAAAAAUGUAGGACAUGUCUUAAAAACAGUACAAAAACAUUCCCUUUAACCAAACAAGCUAGAGGUUGUAAUCCCAAGAGGACCUAUGGUCAACUAUUAAAGGAAUAUGCUAAAUUGGAGUGCUCACCGGAUUAUGAACGUCUUAUGCCAAAAUAUUUAUGUUUCCUGUGCUGUCGUGAAUUGCGAAACACUUCGGCCUUUAUACGGCAGGCUCAGUAUUGUAAUAUUAAACUGUUAGAAGUUAUUUCCAAACAAUUGGAUUGUUUGAAAGAAAAAGUAAUAGAUUUGCCACAAAAUGCGAAGGAAAUGGAUAUUAAAACGGAAAAGGAUGGUGGUGAGAGUGAUGAUGAUAAGCAGAUAAAGUUGCAGGACACUUUAGAUGAAGAAUUACAUACUAAUGACAUGAAUGUACUUUCAAAAUCGAAAAUAUUGGAGAAACUAGAAUCAGAUAACGAAGUUCAAUUUCAAAAUGAUGACAAUGAGGAAAAGGAUAUUAUUGAUAAUUACCAAUAUGAUAUAAAUGAUUUAUCUACGCAGGAAUUGUUUACAAACACCGAGAAUACUACUAAUGCCGGGCAGUGCGGAGAAACACAAAUUGAUACAACCUGUCCGAUAUGUCAUAAAGUAAUGAGUCGACGUGAUAAUUUAUUAAAACAUAUGCGUUCUCAACAUGGUAUAGAGGCGCCUAGCAUAUUAUUAGAUAAAGGAAAACCACAACAAGAUGUUUUUACCUGUAAAAUGUGUCCCAGUAAAUAUACAAAUAAAUACACGUAUUUAUAUCAUGUUAAAAAUAAACAUGGCAUUGAAGAAAAUAGCAGUAAUCUAAAGAUGAAAGAUAAAAUUAUAAAAUGUCGUUCAUGUGAUUAUACAGCUAGAACUUAUGCUGCCCUUAACUAUCAUACUCGUUCGAAACAUGGUUCUGAAAAGGAUAAAUUUAAAUGUAAAUUUUGCUCAUAUUUGUGUUUGAAGAAAUUUGACUUAUUAACACAUGUGAAAAAUUCACACAAAGAAUUGAUUAAAACCUUAAAAGCGGAAGCAGGAAAUAAAAUGGAAGAAGGGGUUACUAGUACUUCUUCUGACUUUUUAAGCAUAAAAGAAGAAGGUGAAGAUGAUACAAUAAAUGAAAAAGAAUCUAGUGAGAGUGAUGAUGACAUACCUUUAGCACAAAAAAUCUCUAAAACUCAUCUUAAGUCUUCCGUAAAUUCUGAUGCAGAUAAAGAAGAAUUUAGUGAUGAAGAAUUUAUAAGAAACAUUUUAAAUAUCAAAAAACGGAAGCCCAAAUCUUUAUCUAGUAAAUCCUUAGCCAGACGUUGUGAGGAAUGCGGUAAUAUUUACAAAAACUAUAAAGCUUUGUAUGCCCAUCAGCGCCAUGUUCAUAUCACAGAAGAUAAAUACAGUUUAUGUCCGCACUGUGGUAAAAAAUAUAAAAGAAAAACUGAUCUAAGGAUACACAUUGAAAAGUCGCAUAUACCCAAAGAUCCUGCAGAAAAUACAAAACAACCGGCAAAAGUUAGAGAGAAACGUUUUAUGUGUACAGAAUGUUCUUAUGUUUGUACCACUAUUACCAUUUUAAAUAUUCACAUAAAUCGUCAUCAUACCGGCGAAAAACCCUAUAAAUGUGAUAUUUGUUUUAAAUCGUUUAUUGUCCCGUACGAUUUGAAGAUACAUCGUUAUUUACAUACGGGCGAACGGCCCUAUAAAUGUCCAAUUUGUUCUAAAGGCUUUCGUGAUAAUUCCCAUAUGAUUAAACACAAACGCAUACAUAGUUCGGAACGUCCAUAUAAAUGUAAAGAUUGUGGUAAAAGUUUUACGCAAUCAUAUAAUUUGUCAGUGCAUAAACGUACUCAUUUGAAAGAGAAAAAGUUGAAUUGUCAAGUAUGCGGGAAAGUAUUUGAGAGUAGAUCCUUAUUGAAUUUACAUCGUAUAAAUGAAAAUCACCAUGAUGAAGUUCUUAAAUUUAAAAAUAAAUGUCGUACAUGUUUGAAUGAAACAAAAACUUAUGGUGAACUAGUAAAGGAUAUAACACAUAUUGAUGUGAUGGAUGAAAGCUUUAGCGAAAUGCCCAAAAACAUCUGUGGCUAUUGUAUACGUAAACUGAAAGCUGCCUAUUCGUUUGUACAACAAGCCCAUGAAGCCAAUGAUAAAUUAUGGUCCAUACUCAAUGAAUCUGAUCUGGAUGAUAAACCCAUAAAUUGUCUACAAGAGGCACAGAUAGAUAUACAAGAUUGUUUGGAAAUAAAAAUGGAAGAUGAGGAUGAGAAUGGGGAAAAUAAACACGAUUUAACCAAAUUGCAGGAUGAAUUAAAGAAAGAAGAGCCAGAAGAAGGAUCGGGAGAGUUCAAAACUGCCAUAGACAAAUUAGCCACAACAAAAAAAGAAAACAAGGAAAGCAUUCCCGACAAAGAUGUUCUCGAAACCAAAACUUUAUCUGAGUGUGAAGAUGAUUUUGAUGCGGAUGAUAAAUAUGAUGCAGAUUUUUCCAAACCAGAUGAGGGUAUGUCAGACAGUGAUAGUGAGUCUAUAUCCUCCAAUGAUUCAGAAUGGGCUGAAGAAACUAAAACCAAGGAGACCACUAGUGAUAAGGCAAAAACUCCAGUGAAAAAACGAACUAGAAAAGUAAAAGAAACCAAUUUAGAUGAUAAUAUACCCACUACCUGCGAACAAUGUGAUAGAGUAUUUCCCAAUGCUAGUCAAUUGAAAAGACACAAGCGUAUUACUCACGUUCCGGAGGAGUUAAAGGUGCAAUGUCCCUAUUGUGCAGGCAAAUUUGGACGGCGUCACAACAUGUAUGCCCACAUGAGAAUACAUCACAAAGACAAACCUAUAGAGGAGCAUAUAAUACAACAAAGAAAGCUUCCACGACAAUAUGCCUGUGAAAAAUGUGACGGCACCUAUACAACCAAAUAUUAUCUAUUGGCUCAUAUGAAAUCGAAACAUGAUCCUGAUGCCCAGAAAAAGCCACAAAGAGUAUUGUUGCCCAAAAAACGUUUCCUCUGCACUUUGUGUGGUGGCAAGUUUGAUACACAAUAUUAUCUAGAGGUACAUAUACGGCGUCACACUGGUGAAAAGCCUUUUAAAUGUGAUAUUUGCGAUCGUGCUUUCUACAGGCCAUCGGAUGUACAAGCACAUCGUCGUUCGCACACCGGUGAGAGACCAUUUAAAUGCACCAUAUGUGACAAAGGUUUUGCCAGAUCGAACAAAUUAAAAGUUCAUAUACGUACACAUUCCAAUGAACGUCCCUAUAAGUGCGAUGAAUGCGAAAAGGCCUUUAAGCAAUCAAAAGAUUUAACUAUACACAGACGUAUACAUACUGGUGAAAGACCAUAUGUAUGCGGGGUGUGUCACAGUACUUUCACGCAAAGUAAUUCAUUAAAACUUCAUCAAACGAAGCAGCAACAUUUUGUAGUACCGCCGCCACAACCGCCACCAGUGGAAAAUAAUUUUACGCCAUUUGUAAAAUCAGUAUAAGAGAAAUGUAUAAUUAUUGUGGAAAUAAUAAAAAUUUAAUAAUAUAGUGGAAUUA